CGGAAACACGCGAUUGUUGCACGAAUUGGGCUAAUAUUUUGAAUGCAGCGUGUAAAGAGAUCUCUGGAUUAAGCUUGAGUGGAGGUUGUUUUAUCGCACAGUGCGACGUGCAUCGUUUUAGCCCUUCUUAAGUCAAAAUUUUAACUAACUGUUUUCAGGCUAGUCCGAUGCGAGCCAGCAGCACGGAGUUAGCUUGCUAGCUACAUAACAAGUUAGGUUACCAAUCUACCGCCAGUCAGCUUUCCGUCCUGUCAAAACACCAUUUCAGAAACAGACACAGAGGAUGCCAGCGAAACAGACCUUGCCAAGCACGAUGACGACGACUAUGUGGAAAUCAAAGAGCAAAUGUACCAAGACAAACUGGCCUCCUUGAAAAGACAGUUGCAGCAAUUACAAGAAGGUACGCUGCAGGAGUAUCAGAAGAGGAUGAAGAAACUAGACCAACAGUAUAAAGAAAGGCUCCGGAACGCAGAUCUCUUUCUCCAGCUUGAGACAGAACAGGUGGAGAGGAACUACAUCAAGGAGAAGAAGGCAGCGGUGAAGGAGUUUGAUGAUAAAAAGGUCGAACUGAAGGAAAACCUAAUCGCGGAGCUGGAGGAGAAGAAGAAGAUGAUCGAGAACGAGAAAUUAACAAUGGAGCUGACAGGCGACUCUAUGGAGGUCAAACCCAUCAUGACUCGGAAGCUGAGGAGACGGCCCAACGAUCCGGUCCCAAUACCAGACAAACGAAGAAAACCAGCACCGGCUCAGCUAAAUUAUUUGCUAACAGACGAACAGAUCAUGGAAGAUCUAAGAACAUUGAAUAAGCUUAAGUCACCAAAACGGCCAGUGUCCCCCUCGUCUCCGGAGCACGUCCCCUCCGCUCCCAUGGAGAACCCAUCCCAGCGCUACGAGGCCCGCAUCGAGGAAGGGAAACUUUACUACGACAAAAGAUGGUACCACAAGAGCCAGGCCAUCUACCUGGAGUCAAAGGACAACACAAAGAUUAGCUGUGUCAUCAGCUCAGUGGGGACCAAUGAGAUUUGGGUGAGAAAGACAAGUGACAGUACAAAGAUGAGGAUCUACCUGGGACAGCUGCAGAGGGGAGCGUUCGUCAUCCGGCGACGGUCGGCCGCGUGAAACAUUACCCCGCCCCUCCCCUCCCCUCCCCAACCCCCCCCCAUCUGUUCAUUUAUCCAUCCAUCCACCUGACCGCACAUCUACCGUUUCCCCUUAUUUGGUGAAUCUCUGUUGAGUUUGACAUGUUGGCCUCUUAUUCUUUGUUAUACACGCUACCCCCCUCUCACUGCACACAUACAGUCUUCCGUGACCAAGGAUAUCUCAUCUGAUUUUUUUUUUUUUUUUUUUUUAUCCGUUCUCCAAAAUAAGCCAGAUUCCUGUAAAGAAAAAGUGGUGAUAUUCAAACUGACUGUUUUUUCCAACAUUAUUUGUCACUAUGUGGCAUGCGUAUGAAGCCGGUCAGUGGAGCCUACUUUGGUUUUUGUCUCGUGCUGUCAUCAUACAUCUUUUCCUACACCACACAGUCCUAUUUAGAUUCAUCAUUAAGUUUUUUUUUUUUUUCUUUCUUGAACAGCCUCAUGUUGACCCACAGAAACUGUCUCCAAGCCUUUCAAACUGUCUCACUGGUGACAUGUAACAAAGGAAGCACUGGAAAACCUCGCUGACCACAUUUGUGGUAUUAUUUCCGCAAAUUUUCACUGAUUUAAGGCCUGGACCUGUCUAAUAUAAUUGCGUCUGUCGAGAUGAGGAAUUUGUUCAGGUUUGGCUGAGUAUCGUUAGUGCCCUGACUGAAAAAAACUUGCGUGUACCAGGAAUCAUGCCAUUCUCAAAAGAAUAUGCCUUUUGCACUGUCAUCAAGAAAUGGAGGCUGCUUGCUAUGUGAAUGGUUUUUCUUAAUAACAUGUUUAAGAGUCCUAUGUAUUAAACCUGUAAUUUGAAAAAAAUGUAUUUUGAGGUUUUUGUUACUAUUUUUUUUUUUUUUGUCAUUUAAUACGAUCCUCUCCAUAUGUGAACAAUCUGGAUUAAUUGGACUGUGUUUGCAUGUGGGCUGUUGAUUUGUAGCCUACUGUGUUCCAUUUAUUAAAAUGUUUUCUGCCUUUUAUUAAUUUGA